AUACCGUAAUCCAUCGCGUUCGAAUCAUGUUCCUCAACUUGCUGUCUUUCGAAUGUUCGAAUGUGAUCGAAAGGGUUCCACAGAGCUGCUGUGAUUCACAAGGCUGGUCCCAGUCCUUCAGCUUGCAGACAAUCUUCGGUUUUGAAGAAGGAUAGACUAGACCUAAAGGGAUGUCCGGAAAGCUUCCAGAGUACACGAUGCUCACUCCCCUGCCUCUGACUCCUGACGUCAUGCCACACGAUAUGGAACACCUCGUGAGUCUGGGCUUGGCGAUGCCUUGCGAAUUGGUGCCACAUUACUACUCCCUAAACGUGGUGCCACCCACACUUGGGCCACCCCUUUUGCUGGAAGGACCUCUCUCAGACCCACCUGCUGCACCGCCAAGAAACUUGACGAGCCCUGAAGCGGAGGACCACGACGAGGAAGAGGACGACGACGAUGAAGAUAGGGCCGGAGCCACUUCGGGUCUCAGCGGAGAGGCAGACUCAGAAAGUGGGGCAGAGGGGAUGAAGCCUGGCAAAGAUCCCUUCGCACCACAGUGCAAGAUUCCCCUCCCGACACCCUUCUCCCCAUACGAAUACUGGUUAGAACCUUCGUUCAUCCGUCGGAGAAAUGAGAGAGAGCGUCAGCGGGUUCGGAACGUGAACGAUGGUUUCGAAAGACUGAAAAGUCACCUUCCGAUUGGCACAAAGGACAAAGACAAACGACUUUCCAAAGUAGAAAUCCUACGCAUGGCCAUCCGCUACAUACACAACCUUCAAGAAGUCCUCAAGAGUGAUCCCCUGGGUGACAGCAAAGAGAACGUCAAUUGCCUGUCCGACUCUGAUUAGAGAACAGAUUGAACUGAGGUCAUUAUGACCUCCCAAAAAUUUCCUUUUUCGUCAAACUUUGUCGGACGAUUCGGCAAAAUCAUCAUCAUUCAGCCGAAUUCGGAGAUACUUUCGGCAAAUCUGUCAUCACUCAUGCGAAAUUCCAUAUUAAAUUUAGCAAAAUGUGGAGUUCCAUUCGGUGAAAUUGUAAGUUCCAUUCCGCGAAAUUGUGUGUUCCAUUCGGCAAAAUUGUGAGUUCCAUUCGGCAAAAUUUGGAGUUCUAUUCGGGAAAUUGAGAAUUCCUCCCUGAAAUUAAAGUUCGGGGCGCCCCUCUGUGUGGUUGUCGUCGAUUCCGCGGGAACUUCAGAACGAUGAAUUUAUUGCACAGAUUUGUUGUGGCGUCCUGACUUUUGAUAGUGCAACGAAAAUUCGUACGUAAUCAAAGUCACAUCAUGCACUACCGUGGUGCGAGUAUGAGGUUUUGUAAAUUGCAGAUCUAAGCACGCUUCGUGCUGUUUCAUUUUAUAAUACAGUAGAAUACCUUAAUUACGCCGACCUGUAUAACGCAAUUCUCUAUAAACCGCACAACUUUUUAGAAGUAAACAAUAAGUUUUGAAGUUUAAAAAAUCACUCUGUUUUGCCUUGCAAACAUAAAAAUUGUUAGGAAAAUUAAAUUUUGAAUCAGUUUUUCAUCUUUUCAUCUUAAUUCAAAGCUUUUAAAUGAAAAUUAGCUUUCACAGUAAAAUGAAAAUACCAGAUGGUUCUUGAAAAUGCAGCUGUUAAGCAAACCAUGAAGCUAGCAGAAGUGCAGGAUAUUUCACUUUCUUGUAAUAAAGAAACAUGUCUAUUUGUGAAUGACUCAUUGAAUAAUUAGUGCUUUAAUACUCACUACAGAUAAAACUUAUUCUGAAGUGCUAAUAUAUAGAUAUAUUUUGAAUAUUAGUUUAAAAACUUGUGAAAUGACCUAUAUAAAGCCAAAAUCUGUAUAACGCAAAAACUCUGGUCCCAAGGUAUGCGUUAUAAUGGUCUUCUACUGUAUAUUACUGAUGCAACCUCUGACAAUAAAGUUAAGUGAAUAGUCCUGCAAUAUUAACUUAGAUGAAAUAAAAACAUUAACGAAAGUUACCUUACUGUCCUUCGAAAUAGUCACCUCCCAUAACUAUUCACUGCUAAGAUCUGCUGUACAUGUCCUGGAAACUUUGCAAGGUGUCGACUUUUGGGAUGGAUUUCAAAAGCUUCCUACCGUUUCGUCGAAUGCCACGAAUAUCGUCAAAGCUUUUUCCUUUCAAAGCGAUUUUGAGUCGUGAGAAUAGGAAGAAGUCCGGAGGAUUUGAGUCUGGUGAGUAUGGUGGGUGUUCAAUUUGCUUCAGCUUCUUUUUUUGCCAUGUCAAGCUUUUUUUGCCAAGUAAUAUCAACAGAUCAAGUCUUACACGGCAACACAAACGACGGGGGGCAGAUGGUCAAUACCUGCCGCCUACGUAGCUGCAGAGUUUCGUUUCGCCAGUGUUGCCAGAUCGGUAGUUCUGACUUUAUUCAAUCUCUUCUGAUCUUUGUUGUCAGAGGGUGCAUUAUGGUAACUCGUGCUAUUACGAAUUAUCGAUGUCAUCAUUUAAAUGGUAAAUCAUGCACAAAUCAUUUUCAUCGCAAAAUCAAUGACUUUGAAAAAUAAAAAUAUACUUCAGCAAAAGUUUGGUUUAUUUUGUCAGCAUUAAAAAAAGAAGAAGAAGGAUUUCUGAACAUUAUGUAUGAAAUCUGCAUCUGUAUAUCGCUUGUCAACAGCCUGUAAACUGUGUUUUCGAUGGAUUUUAAAGGCUUUGCUGCACAUGUUAUUGUGUGGCUCUGGUAAUAGGAUGCUUGACCUUGGACGAGCUCAUUUAGGUAUUUGGGUUGAAAGGUGAAAAAUUCUUAUAAUGGCACAACGCCAAAAACCGUUUUCGCAAUGAAACAGGCUUUUCUCACCUCUGCUCUAAGUAACAAAUGGAAUCGUUUGUGCCUACACGGAUAGGAAGUCAACUUAUCAGAGCCAGACUGUAUACGUUUGCAGGAGUGCCAACCUAGAGGUGUUGGGUGGG